AUGACAUACCAAACAGAAGUACAAAACUCUGAAACUUGCAAAGAGGAGCAAGAACUACAGAACGUUGAAACUUGCAAAGAGGAGCAAGAUUUAACAAAGAUGGUUUACACUGAUUUGAAGAAAAUUGAAAGCCUAGACAUUAGAAUUCCAUGCUCUAUUUGUGAAGAAAUGGUAUACAUUAGCCAACUUUUUCAUCACAAAAAAGUCCAUCAAGCUCAAGCUGUGCUGGAUUAUCAGUGUCCAUGGAUGGAGGCUAUAGAUAUUAAAAAAAUUGUCCUUCAGAGGAAGCAACUCAUUUUAAGACUGCGAAAAACUGCCCAAUAUCCUGAACGAGAGAUAGAAAAGAUUGGUUGUUCAGUUGAUCUUCUUAAGGAGAGCAUCAAAAUUGCUCCAUACUUUUGCAUCAAUAAUGUUGCUCAAAGUUCAGUGUAUAUUAAAGAAGUAAGCAAUCCACUGAUUAAAGCCAUAGCAAUUUGUCAAGACAAAAAUGCUGUUUGGCACACAGAUUUGGAAGAUGUAUUUACUGUAUUAGAUAAUUAUGGGCACAGGAAAGAUACUUGCUUACUUGGACUCUUUGAUGGAAGCAAUGGAAUUUCUGCUGCUCAGUUAACUUCAGAUGAGCUUCCUCUUCUACUUCUUGACCAGCUUUCUCAUAGUGAUCCCUCCUAUCAAAUUAGUGAUGCUGAAAAAAAGAUGCUUCAUUCUUUUCGCACUAUCUUCAAGACAGAUUAUAAAAUAAGGGAGAAAAUGUUUGCUAUUACAAGAGUCAGAAGCCAAGAAUCACAGCCAAACAAGUAUGAAUGGAUUCACAGAGCAUGCGCAAAAGCUUUUUGGAGAAUGGACAGGCUUUUACGUCUUGGACGAAGUGAAAUUUCCAGAGUUCGCUGGAGUAGCUGUACAACUGCCAUAUGUUUAGUAGAAACGGUAAGCAACAUAAAACAAAACCAAGAAGGGAAAGAAGCAGUUGAAACAAUAAAUGAUAAUGAGGAGCAGAACUUCAUGCAACAUGAGGAGGGUCUGUCUGAAACAAACAGAAUAAAGACAAGAAGCAUCACAGAGCAAGAAGCAGGCAAAAUUAUGGAACAGCAGGAAGAUCAGCCUCUUGGAAGAGUAAGUGAUGGAAAGGAACAGAACAGCCCAGAACAAGAGGAAGGCUCAGUUACAGAACAGCACCAAGAAGAGCCACUUGCAAGAAUGGAUUACGGGAAAGAACAGAAUGGCACAGAACAAGAGGCAGGUUCUCUCAUAGGACAUCCACAAGAAGAGCUACUUAGAAGAAUAAAUUAUGGAAUGAAAAAGAGCAUCAUAGAGCCAGAAGAUAGUGAGCAGCUGGCAAACAGUAAAGAUGAGAUCCAGGAAGCAGGCUGGAUUGAAGACAAUCAGAAUUCAGAUGAAAUUGUUGGACUAAUGCAUAUCGCUAACAUUGGUAAUGUUCAUGCAGUUUUAUGCAAAAAUGGAAAGAGCUAUUGGCUUACUAAAGAACACUCCACUUACUGUAGAGAGGAAAGGACACGUGUUCUUCAGAAUGGUGGAUCUCUCAGCAGUAAUGAGCCUAAAGGACUAAUAGAAGGACUAAUAAAGAAUACUCGUGGCCUUGGCCAUCAUGGAAACCCGAAGGUGAAGAAAAGAGUUAUUCCCGUACCACAUACAAUCUCUUUCUCUGUUGAUAACUCAUGUCAAUUUCUUAUUAUAGCAACUAAUGGGCUUUGGGAAGUUUUGGAUAAAAGUGAGGUUGUGGUAUUAACAUUAACUUUGUUUUCUGCUUAUUUGGCAAAAUAUCAACAUGCCCAAUUGAUGAAAAGUUAUAUACCCAAAGCUUCAGAGUUAGAAGAUCAAUUCUAUUCAUGGUAUAGGAAUCGCGAUUUUUUUCCUGAACCAGAUUUAGACAACAAAGAGGAAACUGAACGAAGUUUUCAGUUGAGGCUCCCAAUUAACAAUGGCACAGAAGAGAAAGUAGUAUUUCAGUCAAGUUGUUGUACUAUUUCUACAGAAGAGCAAAUAUCAGAAAACUUUUUAGAACCACCUUUUAGUGUUGCUACAUCUUCAAAAGAAAACACUCCAGCAGACACUGAAGCAGCUCAAAAAGAAAAAAAUGCAGAGGAAUUGUUAUCUGAAAGUCAUGAAUUUUUACAGAUAUCUGAAGAUUCAGAAACAGAUUCUAGGACAUUUUAUAGUCUUGCAGCAAAGUAUAUUACUAAACACCUAGUAAAAGCUGCUCUUAAAGCAGGUUCUAGAAAUAAUGUUUCUGUUCUGCUAGCUCUCUUAAAUGGAUGUGAUAACAUACCCACUUUUAGCACUUAUGGUGUGCUUAUGGGAGAAAACUGA